GAAACUCUUCACCUUCCUUCCUCUUGAGGAGAUUGACCACGUCAUGGAAAUGCACGCUAAAGAACCUGAAAAAUGGGGCCCUCAGAAACGACUUGCUGCAGAAGUAACCAAGCUCGUUCACGGCAGAGAGGGGCUAGAAUCUGCUAAGAGGUGCACAAAGGCCCUUUACUACAGCAGCAUGGAGGCAUUGGAAGCUAUGUCUGACCAAGAGUUACAGGAACUUUUUAGACAAGCUCCUUCAGCUGAAUUGAUGCUUGAACCUGGAAUGAAUGUUCUUGACUUGUGUCGGAAAGCAAAUGCCAUUCCAGAUGGACCUAGUGGGUACCAGAAAAUUACAGAUGGUGGAGUUUCAAUAAAUGGGAUUAGAGUAACUAAUCCUGAGACUGUUCUUAUUCUCGGACAGCAUAUUCUCAAGAAUGGAGUAUCCUUGCUUAGGAUUGGAAAGAAAAAUUACUACAUUAUAAAAUGGAUGCAGUUGUGACAACUGAAUAUCUCCCUAAAAUGACGGAUCCUUUCAACUCUGUUGCUUGAAGAUGUACUUGAAGGUGUUUCUAUACUGUGCAUUACUAUGCAGCUUACAAACUGCCCCAAACCAUAGUUUUGUUUCAAAGUACACCUACAGAGUUCA